CAAUCGGGCUUGGGCUGCUCGUCUUUUCAUAGUUGCGUACACGCCGAUGAAAUUAUGAAAGCCAUCAUGCGCGUGACUAUGCACACUCGCGUCCAACGUCAACCGACCGGGACUCGCCCGCGCGGCGUUCCAGCGCUGCAGCACCCGCCACGGAACCCAUUGCGCCGUCAUAUAGCCGCUAAUGUGCAAUCAGCAGCGGCGACAAGCUCGGGCAGCGCGCGCAACACCCUGCAAGUCAGCGCGCCCAACGACGACACAGGGGGCAGGUUGGCGGUGGACGUGCAGGCUCCAGCGGGCGCACGCGUGUUCACUGUGUCGCUGAAGAAGCCCCUUGGCCUGGUGCUCACAGAGCGCGGCGGCCGCAUCGAGGUGGAGUCCGUGGCGGCGGGCGGCCACGCGGCGGCGGCGGGCGUGGCGCCAGGCGAUGAGCUACUCGCCACCACCGCACGCGCGCAGGGCGGUGGGGCCUCGGUGCGCGGACAGCUGGUGCUGUUGCCGGCGGGCGGCCAGCAGUUCAACACAGUGGCGGCGGCCAUUCGCAGCAACACCUGCUCACAGUGCCUCAUCCACCUGGUGUUGGCCCGCCCUGAGGCCGCAUGAGGGCCGAGCUCCUGGCGGAGCGGCGGGAGCGGGUGCCGCUCGCGCUGGGCCCUGGCGCCUGCGGGGCGGUGCGGCGGCGGCAGGAACAGGCACCGCGGACAAGUCAUCGGCUUGCGGCCUGAGGCUUGCCGGUGCGGAAGGGAGUGGGCGGAAGAGAUAUUGUAUGUUGUACUUGCCGGAUGAAGGACUGUGAUGAACGCUGAGCGGACUAUGCGACUGUGCAAAGCAUGCAGCGUGCUGCCAGGGACAAACGCGGUCGCGCCGUCCUGUGAUACUGCGGUACUUGCAUAACAUAACGUGCCAAAUGUAUGGUGCACGUCGUGCACGUUACUUUAGUAAAGGCUAGAGCCUGCAUUGUGGUUGUACUCCGCACUCCUGACAGGCACACACGGUACGUCAGUGUUGGUCGCAGGGUUGGUUGGUUGUUGGCCGUGUACGCCAUCAAACCAGGCCACAGGGCACGGGCGCGGGGCACGACUCGGCGGCCAGGCAGUCCUGCGGCGUCAGGGGUUCUGGUGGCGGACCGUGCAGUGCGCUCGCUUGCUUUCUCGGUUUCGCACUGUUAAGCACCGUCGAUAAAAAGUGCUUUAGGUAGCCUGAGGAUGCCCGCCCUGGACUGUUUCUGACGAUUGACGAUUGACGGUUGACGGCGUGCUGGGGCUUUGUGCGAGGCCCCGAGGCAACUGGGUCAGGCAGAGCCUCGGUUGUGCAAGAGCUGUGUGUGGGCAAACCCUGCCGUGCCAGUUGAUGUAUUGCCAUGUCGUGUCAGCGGCUAAAAUUCUCCUGGAGCCAGGGAAGAAAUCUUGUCCUGGAGCGCGAAUACGCAGUGCAUAAGAGCACACCAUGUAGAAGGGUGUCCUUGCACAUGUCUGACGUGUCAGAGCGGGACCGCGGAGCGCCUAGGCCUGACAGGCUGACAGGGCCGAGUGUGGGAU